GCUCGGGGCGGCGUGCGGGAAUCAGCGGCACUUCUCCCUGAACGAUGCACGGACCUUUGUCGCUCGCAGCAGCCUUGUUGGCGCUUCUGCCUUUCAAUUCCCUUGUGUCGUGUUCCAUGAACGACGCGAUCGUCCUCGACGCCCCAGUGCUGCCUGUCGUCAUGGGUACAGUCUUGGAUGCGUACAAGCCGCUUCUAGCUGAAUUUGCAAAGAAAUCGUUGCCCGCGACGGUGGGCAACUGCUCCGAUUCAAACCCUCCCACUCCGUGCAUGGACACGGGGUAUCUUCUCGCUCAAACAUCGGCAUUGUACGACAUCAAGGCGAGAUGGAUUACUGGGAUCAAUGCUGUCAACGUGGGCAAUCUCGAAUACGCUGCAGAUGUCGCGACAGGUGCGGUGACGUUGAACGUGAUCUUGGGCUUUGAGUCCCUCCCGCUGAGUCUGCGCAUUGAUGCUUGCCUCGCCGGCAAAUGCACAAAGUUCUCAGAUGGAACGACUGCGUGCUGCGGCGGUCCCAAGACAGUCGCCAUCGCCGCCAAAGUUUCGUGCAGUGAGUCGUACCCCUUUCUCCGUAACUUCACAUUUACCAAGAUCGAAAUCCGACCGUCGGUGGAGCUCCAGUUUCCUGUGAAUGGCAAGCCCACGACAUUGUUUGAUGUGACCAAGCCUGUCGAAUCAGGCUUGAACGCCACUGCCGCCGCGUUCAUUCAAAAGGAAGGCAUGGACCUUCUCAACAGCCAAAUCAAGGAACUGUUUGGAACCAAGGUGUAUUGCACACAGCAAGCCAAGGAUGCUGCCACGAAAGCGCCCACUGCAGUACCAUCGUCCACUGCAUCUCCUGAAAGUUCUUCGGCAAGUCCCCCGUCCCCGUCGUCUUCGUCGUCAGGUACAUCGUCUCCCAAUGCCGAUGCUCCCGCGACGUCCGUUCCUUCGCGAACUUCCCCCGUCCCAGCUUCCGCAGCGGUGGCACCAAUUUUCUCCGUCGCGUUCACGCUGGUGUUCAUGAUUGCGACGCUGCUGGUCCUCGAUACAUGCUAAUCAACAGCAGUUGUAUUCUUAAUGUACGAGAUCCCCGCACACUCUAGUGAUG